GUUCUUUAAUUAUUGAUGGAGGUAGUUGCACUAAUGUGGCUAGUGACACCCCUGUAAAGAAACUUGGGCUUGUUACUCGGCCUCUCUCUCGUCCUUUCAGGUUGGAGUGGCUCAAUGAGUCCGAGAACAGUAUGUGAAGGAGCAAGUCACGGUUCCACUCUUCAUUGGCCGAUAUGAGGAUGAGGUUGUUUGCAAUGUGCUUCCCAUGGAUGCUUGCCAUGUUCUCUUGGGCCGGCCUUGGCAAUUUGACAAGAAGGCAGUGCAUGAUGGUUUAACAAACCGGCACUCAUUUGAUCAUAAAGGAAAGAAGAUCACCUUGGUGCCUUUGUCACCUUCGAAAGUCCAUCAAGACCAGGUCCAACUUAAGAAGAACCAAGACCAAGACUCUAAAGCUGAUAAACCUGAGACCAGUACCAGAAACUCCAACUUCUUUGUCAAAGAAAGUCAGGUAAGGAAGUCUCUUUGCUCUCAAAAGCCAUUUCUCUUACUGAUUUAUAAAGAGUCUCUCUUGGCCUCAUCUUCUUCUGACCUUGCACCGGAGAUUCUGAGUGAGUUUUUAGGUAUCUUGCAGGAUUAUUCUGAUGUGUUUCCAGAAGAAAAUCCCAGAGGAUUGCCACCGGUGAGAGGCAUUGAGCAUCAGAUCGAUCUCGUCCCGGGCGCCUCUCUACCGAACCGCCAGCGUACCGCACCAUUCCGGUCGAGACCAAGGAACUGCAGAAACAGAUCAAAAACUUGCUUGAGAAGGGAUACAUCAGAGGGAGUCUCAGUCCCUGUGCCGUGCCUGUUCUACUUGUACCAAAGAAGGAUGGCUCCUGGAGGAUGUGUGGACUGCCGGGCCAUAAACAACAUCACGGUAAAGUCUCGACAUCCUAUCCCUCGUCUUGAUGAUAUGCUUGAUGAACUCCAUGGUUCUAAGUAGUUUUCUAAGAUAGAUUUGAGAAAUGGCUAUCAUCA